AUGGAAAGAAAUCAAAGAGUCUUACUCAUACUCUGCGCAAUCUAUGGUUUAUGGAAUAUUGGUACUCAAUGGACAACCACGCUUCUCUCAUUCCUUCAGUGGGAUACCAUUCAUGUGAUGACCAUAGUGGACAUUGGCUACAUUCAAUCAUUUGGCAGUUUUUGUAAUGCUUUCGGUGCACUUGCUGUUGGACAGCUUGCCGAUACAACCGGACCCAAAACGAUGUUUUUAUUUGCGUCAGUUAUCGUAUCUAUCUACUAUUCCGCGUUAGCAUUCGCUAGAUGCUGGUACUCGUUCUUCUUUCUACAGGAUUAUUUGCCAAUGGUGAAGCAUAAUACCGCACUUCGGGAAGGUAUUAUCCUGCGAGGACUGCUAAUUGCUGCUUAUGUUUGCUACGAAUUAAUAUCCAGAAAUUUUAUGUUACGCUCAUUUAUGCAGGGUCCAAAUGAUUCUGCCAAAGUACUCAUUGUAAUGGGUGCAUCGCUGCUCACUGUACAGUUUCUAGUACUGCCCUGGCUACAACGACGUUUCUAUCCACGAACUGUUCUGAUCAUUGCACUGAGUGGCCUUGUUGGUGCCUAUUCAUCGGUGAAUUUCACCACCAAUCUCAAUCAGCUACUGGUAAUUGUUGCACUACAAACAGCCUGCUAUGCUGUUGCGUAUGCCGAAAGUUGCACACAAAUAACAAGCGCUGUGGAUAUGGCCGAUCUUGGAAAAGCAACAGGAUUAGCCUCGGCUGCUCAAUGGAUUGUACAUUUUAUUGUUCCAAUUUAUACGUCUCAUUUGGUGCAAUCCUGGCACUAUACCUAUGCAUUUUAUACCAGUGCAUUGCUUUCACUCGGAACACUCUGCUUCAUCAUUCUUGUCGCUAAACAUUCGAAUGCCCGUGUACGCACGCUACUGCCCUCCAUUAGUUUAGCAUAG